AUGGCAGUCUCUACUAUUAGCCUGAGGCUACUCAUCGAUAUAGAGCGUCAAAAGGUUCUGUUUGCCGAAGCGAGCAAGGACUUUGUGGAUUUUCUCUUCACCCUUCUCUCUUUGCCUGUUGCCACUGUCAUUAGGCUUCUGUCAGAGGAUGGCAUGGUUGGUAGCUUUGGCAAACUCUAUGAGAGUGUUGAAGAUCUAGAUUUUACAUAUAUGCCCCUAGACAAGGAUAUCCUGCUCAAACCCAAGGCACCUUUUGCUGGACCAAAUAUCCUUGGUUUGUUGGCCGACGUCGACGAACCAGCCGCUACAAAUAAGGUGUUCUACAUGUGUUCUGAUAAUAAUAGUAGUAGUAAUAGUAAUAAGAAGCUUAUCAAGAAGAGUUUUCCAAAGAAGAAAACUAAUAAGAGGAGCUCUUGCUAUGUCCUUGGCUAUACCAGUGAGCCUAACUGCUCUGGUAGUACUACGAUUACUCCCCACCUUUAUGUGACUGAAGAUCCUAACCAGCAAUGUCCACAGUGCAAUCACAUCAUGUCGUCUCAGGUAAUUUACGUUGAUGAACCGAAGACCAUAGAUUCCGGCGCGGGUGUGGCAGGAUAUGUCAAAGGCGGCCUUUUCACUUACAUGAUAAUGGAUGAUCUGGAGGUGAAGCCUAUAUCCUCUAUUGGCACUCUCGAAGAGAAGGCUGUUGAUCUUGGCAUGAAUGAGGGUUUGCGACUGCUGAAAGAAUCCCUGCAAUCCAAAUCAGUUCUUUCAAAUGUGUUUCUGGAGAAGCAAGCUGCUUCAUAA